AUGAUUACACCACCUUUAAAAAUCGACUUAACAACAAUUUCUCAAAAUAUUCUUGACAAUAUUCCGCAAAUAGAUCGUGCGGAAUUUGUUCACAGACUUUUAGACGAAGUAAAAUGUGUGGUUAAAGAUGAAUUUCAGGUUCUUAUCGUUAGUUACUCUCAUCUUAAAAAUUGCUCAUACAACUUAUCCACAAGCCCUCAGAUUGUUACGUGGACUCAAGGAUCUAAAUCUCAUAAUUAUGCUGUUUUCUUGAUAGGAGAAGGCGUUUUUGAUUAUGGAAAUAACCAUAAUAGUUUUGAACACUUGGCUUUUAGUGCUGCAAACAUUUUCCCUAUUCCUUGGGGGUCUCGCUGUAACAACUACUUGGUAUGGGCGAAUAUGACCGAUCGUAUUGGAGGAAACGGUGGAUACAAUUUAUAUGCAGUUUAUUUCCAUAAAAAAAAUAUCGACCGCAUUUUUGUGAAGAAGAAUUUUGUCGAUGGCGCUCAUCAUAUCACUGCAAUUCAUUUCGAAUUUUUCAACAUUGUCAAUCCUAAGCAAUCCAUUGGUCAUGAUCAUCGUGAUACUGAUAUUGUUGACGUCCAACCCAAUGACACUAUUGCCCAUGUUUCUGUCAAAUAUGAAAACAGGUUUAUAAUCGGUAUCCAAUUUCACAUUUACAGUGCUUAUACGAAAGAGGUUCGUUCAACCGAGUGGCUUGGUGGCAAUUACGGUCAGGUGCACACCUUUCCCCAAAAUGCAAAGGGAAUUUUUGGGCGCCAUGGCGGUCGUCUAGAUAGCUUGGGAAUUUUUUAUUAA